AGAGCAGUUUUUCGUCACAGCUGGUCUGCGCGACUCUUCGCUACGUCAACUAUCAAACAACGCAACGACAAGUUAACUUGGUUCAUUAAUUAUUAACGCAGUGCCUUAAAAAUGAGUGAACAAAGGAGAACUGCUACACGGCAUGAAAGUGAAAAACUUUAACAGCCAGCCUCGCCCGCGUUUUCCAGCGCCGUGGCCAAGCCUCAUGAAAGGGAGAGUUUUAUUGUUCUAGCUCGCUGGCUAACGUUAGCUAUUUGUCCGAUGAGUUACCGACAUGGAUACUAGGGAGAUGUGUUUACGGCAGAAGUACCGGCGGCCACCGGUGAGCGUUAAGCAGGAGCAGGAUGACGACUCGGACGCGGAGGAGAGUCACCUGGGGCUGAAGAGGACGGAGGACGGAUCCCAGAUCAUCCACAGCGGACACUUCAUGGUGUCCUCGCCCCACAGUGAGCACCCACCGAAGAAAGGCUACGACUUCGACACUGUCAACAAACAGACCUGUCAGACCUAUCACUUUGGAAAGGCCAGCACCUCUCACCUCUCCAUAGACGCAUCACUGACCAAACUGUUUGAGUGCAUGACCCUGGCAUACAGUGGAAAGUUGGUAUCUCCCAAGUGGAAAAACUUUAAAGGCCUAAAGCUGCUUUGGAGAGACAAGAUCCGCCUGAACAAUGCCAUAUGGAGAGCCUGGUAUAUGCAGUAUGUUGAGAAAAGGGAGAAUCCUGUUUGUCACUUCAUGACUCCCCUUGAUGGAAGUAUGGAGUUGGAUGUCCAUCGUCCAGCAGAGGCCAUUGCCACAGAGGGAAAGAGCUUUAAAAGAAGAAUUGAAAUUGUCAUAAGAGAGUAUCACAAGUGGAGGACAUAUUUUAAGAAAAGGUUACAAAAGCACAAGGAUGAUGACCUGUCAAGCCUGCUUAAGGGCCCGGGGGAGCAGUUAUCGAUGUUUGGGGAAGUAUCUCCAGACAGGCUCCGUGUCUCGUUUUAUCAGGAUGAAGAGACCACCGCAUGGCGUAUGCCUCGAAAACAUAGUGAAACCUCACCUGCCCCUAUGGAGAUGGACAACCUCUUCGACAUGGAUGUCUUAAUGUCUGAGUUUUCAGACACCUUGUUCUCCACAUUGGCCUCGCACCAGCCCAUAGCCUGGCCCAAUCCAAGAGAGAUUGCUCAUGCAGGAAAUGCAGACAUGAUCCAGCCAGGACUCAUCCCAUUACAACCCAACUUAGACUUCAUGGACUCUUUUGACCCUCUGCAAGGUAACUUAUUUCACAGCCUCCGUCAGCCCGCCUUCCCCUCUGUUUCCCCCACUGCAUCAUCUGUCACCCCUCUACCCAGCAGCAGCUCUCAGUCACAGGCCCAGUUAAUGUCUUCCAUGCAGCUCACACCUGACCACAUUUCCCCUCCUGGGCCGCUGCCUGUCCCCCCUCCUUUGGCCAGUCAGACUGGUGGAACGGACACUGGCAGUGGUGAUGCUGCAUAUGCUCAAAACUACAUGCCUCUGUUUCCUGGGCAAGUGGCGCCCAAUAGUCAAGCACUUUCUCAGCCAUUAGCUCAUGAUCCGCUGGCGCAGUGUCUUCCAGGCCAAGACAUGGCCUCCGCAGCCCCAGUGCCAUCGCCUUUAGACAACACCUCAGCUCUGGACGCAACUGUAACUCCAUCUGUGAUCACACACACGGCCUCGUCCACUGUCACACCCAGCAAUGCAGCCACCACCUUCAGCCAUGGCUCAGAGUACAGCUCCUUGUCCCCGCAUCCCCAGCCUCCACCGUCUCAGCUCCAACAGAUGGCUCCACUGCCUGCCACGCCCGUACAGCAGACCUUUGCCCUGCCUCGCCCCUUCCAGUCUGCCAGCACCAACAAAAACCGACCUGUGCAGAGGAUUGCUCCUGCAAACCCCCUCUCUGCUUCACACCUCAUCCUCACAGCCCCUUUCCCUGGUCCUGCCAACGCUGUGAUUGUAACACCGACAUCUCUGAAAGCAGACGGUACCGGAGUGGUCAUCGCUCCUUCUCCCCUUGCCAGGUCUUCUGGAUUUCGUGUUGCGUCUCAGAUACAGAAAUCUCCUCUGCCGAUCAUCCCCAAAAAGAUCUGUUCUUCCAGCCGUAAAAAUCAGAAGCCCUCCUCUGGAGUCGUUCACAACCAGUCUGGAACAGGCCAAGGGUCCCAGUGUGGGCUAGAUCAGGUUCCCAGUCCUCAAUCACUGAUCAGCAGCACCACCACACCUCUGGUAAAGAACGAGCAAAAUCAGAGCCGAAGGUCUACACACAUAUCGGCUGAACAGAAGAGACGAUCAAAUAUAAACAUUGGUUUUAAAACACUCUGCAACCUCGUUCCCACUCUGAAGUCACAGUCAAAUAGCAGUAAUGCAAUCACAUUGCAAAAGACAGUGGAGCACAUUGGGAAGCUACAGCAGGAGAGACAGCAAAUGCAAGAAGAGAUCAGGAGACUACGAGAGGAAAUAGAAGAGCUCAACACUUCCAUUAGUCUGUGUCAGGAACAGCUUCCAGCAACAGGGGUGCCUGUCACACGUCAUCGAUUCGACCACAUGCAGGAGAAGUUCAACGAGUAUGUGAAGAUUCGCACUCUCCAGAACUGGAAAUUCUGGAUUUUCAGCAUCAUUAUCAAGCCUCUCUUUGAAUCAUUUAAUGGGAUGGUGUUAACUACGAGCAGAGCAGAGCUGUGCCAGACAACACUGCAGUGGCUCGAUCGUCACUGCUCCCUUCCAGUUCUCAGACCCAUGGUGCUGAGCACACUUCGCCAGCUGAGCACAACCACGUCCAUCCUUAGUGACCCAUUGCUGUUGCCCGAUGAGGCCAUCCAGGCCGUCACACACAAAGACAUGUAGCUUCAGUCAGAGGAGGCAGGGUGUCCCACUAGCUGGCACCCAGCACCUAACAGCAUCGUCAAAGCGGCGUAUCCCUUCAACCUACUCUGUAAGGUCACAGUGUGUGCCUCCCCUCUACACCAUCCCAGGAAAAUAAAUAAGAUGUAUCCAAGCUACGUCCAACUUUCUUCUACGUUGUAUGUUUAAUUCUCAUACAUUUUGGUUUAUUUUACUUUGACUAUUACAAGUGACGCACACAGGCAGCCGCCCUUUACUAGUACUUUUAUAAAGAUUGUUCAUGAAUAGCUUUUAUCGUAUUUUAUUUGAAUUGCAGCGACAACUACUACCUUCAUGUAUUUUAAGAUCUGCUGAAUAUUUUAUUUGAAGGUGGUAUGUGAAAUUUGGGUUUUGAACAAUAUAUUGAAUAUUUAAGUGGAAUGUUCUUAUUGCAAAAACACAACGUGUUUAAAAAAAGGGAAAUGUUAAGAUUGUCUUUUCUGUCUCAGAUUUGUAAACUGAGCAGAUGUUUGGUGAAAAAUGAGUGCAUGAUUUUCAUUGACUUAGCAGCAGCACAGUUAGUUUUUCACUUCUACAAAGGUUUCAGAAUUCAUUUGAAUAAUUGUGUGAAAUUAUUCUUGUGGCAUGUUGAUAACUGAUCAAAACUACGAAGAUGAAUGAGAGCUUUAUUGUAUUUCUGUCCCUCAUGUACUCAGGGGAAUCUGAUUUUGUCAUUUUACAACAGUGGUUUUCUGGUGUUUUUUCCGUCCAUGCUGAACAUCUUCCUUCAUACCUUGCUUGCUCUGCCCAUUUCUACUGAGUUAAGCUUUAAAAUGUACUAGACAACUGUUGUAGAUAUAUUACACACAUGGGUUUCUCCUGGGCAGGUCACAGCAUAAUGGAGCAAUAGUAUUUACAGCCCUCAUAGGGAACAUAACUGAUAAAGCAGUGCACAUUUUAUAUAUAGUAUGUACUAUAUUCACAUGCACAGUGUUACAAGGUCUUAGAUAAAUGCCCAGUAGUUUUAGGAGCUGUCUUUUGUUCCGUGGAUCACUCAGGGCUACGCUGCCGAGCGUAAUUAUUUUUCAUUCAGCUACGAACAAAUCAAUCAUGUUGGCUCUAAAGGUACAUGUUGCAUCUUAUGGUUUGACUUAUUUUCUGCUCAAUGUUACACUCCUUCAUAACGUGUGCUUAAUGAACAAGAGCCAUAUCAAAGAGUAGUUUACCAUCCAAUCACUUUAUAUUUUGUGUUACUGACAGAGCACUAUAUAUUGACAACUUGAAAAUUAGACCGUGUGCACAAAAAAAACCUUAAAGUCAAAUUAAGUGCCCUUACACUCUAUCUACAGGCUGGUCGUUGGUUUUGUUUGUUUACUCAUGGUUCAGCACUCCUCAGGCAGAAAAGGAUUUUGUGACUGCUUUUUUUUCUCUGCAGAACAAAAUGGAGUUUACGUUUUAUUGUUAAAAAAGAAAAAAAAAAAGCACCUCUGAUCUUUUUCUUUGUAUUUGAUGAAUGUGCAGCUUUUUUGUGUGUGGUCCCUCAGAAUUAGAGGGUUUUUUUUGUGUUGUUUUUAUCGUUUAAUCUUGUUAGAUGCACUAAAAACAUAAAAAUUCAACAUUUAAAAUGUAUUGACUCAGUCACCAAAUGAAAUAAGGUCUUUUUGAGGCAGACUUAUACAAAAUACUUUUGUUAUGAUUGAAAAUACAAGUGCACAUCUCAGUUGUUGAUUAUGUAAAUCUGGAUCAUUUGUGGAAACUCCUAAAACCGACAAUUAAUGCAUGAUAUGACAGAAGUGCCCUCAGCAGUUCAGCAUGUGUUUUGAUUUUCAUUUUGUUGCGCUUUCUCUCUUACACUGAUUUUAAAAUGUUUGUCAUAUCCUGUUGGCAACUUUUGUUUCAGUUUGUGUGAGGCCUUUUUGUACUACAUAAUGUACAGUAUAUCAUUGCAGGUUGGAUCUGCUCCUGUUCUCCACACAGUUAAUGUUGUAUUGCAUUUACGUUAAGUAAAAAAACAAAAUUCUUAUGAUGCA